AUGACCAAGCAAUGGCCGCUAAAAGCACUCUCGCGUGCUCUCUCGCGUGCAUACUCGUCCUCCUCUACCUCCAACUCUACGCCGUCGUUUCCCCUAAAACACGUCGUGAAAUCAAACUUCAACUCCUCGCUGGCUGACCUCAAACGUCAUGUCAUCGCCGCCGAUUUUAUCGCUAUCGACCUUGAAAUGACCGGAAUCACCACAGCUCCAUGGCGCGAGUCAUUCGAAUACGAUAGAUUUGACGUCCGUUACCUUAAAGUCAAAGAUUCCGCCGAGAAGUUCGCCGUCGUUCAGUUCGGCGUUUGUCCAUUCCGUUGGGAUUCCGAUCACCACUCCUUCAUUGCUCAUCCGUAUAAUUUCUUUAUAUUUCGCGAGGAUUGUGAAUUUUUAUGCCAGGCCACGUCCCUAGAGUUCUUAGCUAAAUAUCAGUUUGAUUUCAAUACUUGUAUACUCGAAGGAAUGUCUUAUUUAUCCAGAAGGCAGGAGGAGGAGGCACUUAGACGCUUGAAUUUAAGAUAUGAGGAUAGUAAUUUGAAUGAUGUUGGAGACGUACCAUUGGCCAGUAUUACUGAUAUUCUUUUCAGUGAAAGAAUGAAGAACAGAUUGAGUGAAUGGCGUGAUGGUUUAUUGAAGAAUGGAAAUGGGAUUGGGGAUUCUCAGUUUCAAACUAUUUUCUAUAAGAUGCGUCCAGCUCUUUGUUUGAGUGGUUUUACUUCGCAUCAGCUUAAGUUGAUUCAGCUGGUCACUAGGAAGCAUUUUGAAAAUCUUGCUUAUGUUGGUUGUGGUCAAAGUUCUUCUCUGCAAGAAUUAGUUGUAUAUAUAGACUCCGAGAAUGACAAGGACUUACUUAUGAAAGAGGUGAAGGAUGAGUACCGUAAAGGGGCGGAGAUGAAAAUAAAAAAUGCAAUUGGUUUUCGCCAUGUUAUUGACCUUCUUUCUUCUGCACAGAAGUUGAUUGUUGGUCACAAUUGCUUCUUGGAUAUUGCGCACAUACACAGCAAAUUUCUAGGUCCUCUUCCUCCAACCGCGGAAGAAUUUGUUUCCGCUGUUAACAAGUAUUUUCCACACAUUAUUGAUACCAAAAUUCUCUUGAACGCUAAUAAUGUACUCCUUCAAAGGAUGAAGAAAUCAGGAACAUCACUCUCAGCAGCCUUUUCUCUACUCUGUCCACAACUAGCUACAAGUUCAAAUAAGGGCAUUAAUUGGGCUUCUCGUCCAUGUGUGAAUGUGGAGGUUCAAGUGGAUGAUACAAGGUCCUCCAAUUGGAGUUCUGGAGUCAAACAUGAAGCUGGUUAUGAUGCUUUCAUGACAGGGUGUGUCUUCGCUCAGGCAUGCAAUCAUCUAGGCGUCGAUUUUAAGCUCAAGUCAUCCUCUGAGAAUCUGGCUCAUAAUGAAAAGCUCCAGAAGCUCAUCAACCUUCUUUAUAUCAGUUGGAUUAAUUGGGACAUAAUUGAUCUAAGAACUGGGAAUAGGGUUGCAGAGUCUUUGGGAUUUAAUUACCUCAGAAAGCAACGUCCUAACAUUCUUUUUAAGAAUAUUGUUUUAAUAUGGCGAUUUCCGUCCAGACUCAAGGCUGGGGAGAUAAGAGAGUGCAUCUGUAAAGCCUUUGGCCUAAACUCUGUUACAUCAAUCUAUCAUGUGGAUGAAACUGCAGUUUUUGUUCAGUUCAGCAAGGCAGAGUUGGUCUCUGAAUUUCUAGUCCUGAAAGAAUCCUUGGAUCGAAGUAAUGAUCCCAUAUCUGUUUUGCAUCCUCUAUCAAAAUUGUUGGAUGGUGGAAAUACGUGUGCUGCAGAUUAUGAAACUUAUAAAGAGAUCUGCAGUUCACCCAUCUCCAAAGUUCGUUUUGCAGAUCAGGCAGCGGCUGUUGGUAUCAACUGGAAGACCAAGUUGGUAGAAUCCAAAAUAGAUGCAGAGUCCCAACACCAAGACAGUUUCUAUAAAGAAGAUGCAAGAACUACUAAAUCGGCUUCUACUAAAAAGAGCAAUGCAGGCGAUCACAGUGUCAUAGAUGAUCUAUUGAGCGGCCGAUCAGCAUGUGAUCAGGUUAUCGAUUCCUUUUAUGCUGCAGAAGACCAAAGGAUUAGAGCUACAAAUUUGUGAUUUUGGGCUGAUCCGUAUAUUCUUGUUGUACAUGCUUUGAUCAAAGCCAUUUACAUUUGCUAUUAGGGUCGAAAUACAGUAUCUUAUUACUGAGAAUUUUUUGUAUAAUGUCAGAUUUUAAUAGAAAUGACAAUUUUGCAGUUGCAGAUGA